AUGUUGUAUGAAUUACAAAAUAUUGGAGGUAUUGGAAUUUUUUCUGCUGGUGGGCUUGGUUUAUCAGAACAGAAAAAAAUCGAUGAUGAAAAAAAAGUUCAUGCAAAAGAUAAAACUACUACGCCAUUUAUGAUAAAAUAUGAAAAGGCUAGGAUAUUAGGUACAAGGGCAUUACAAAUCAGUAUAAAUGCUCCAAUUCUUGUUGAUCGUGGUGAUGAAACAGAUCCACUUGAGAUCUUUAGAAAAGAACUUGAUCAAAAAAAGAUCCCAUUAAUGAUUAGAAGGUUUUUACCUGAUGGAAAUUACGAAGAUUGGAAUAUCAAUGAAUUAAUAAUCUAA